CGAAAUGGUGGAAGAUGGUGGUUAAAAAAUAACAACAAUAUGACAAAUUUGAUAAUUUUAACCUGUUUCUUAGGCUUUAUAGCCACAGGCUAUGCAUUAGAAUGUUACGUGUGUGAAAACCAACCAGACAACAGAGAUAAAUGUGUAAAAACCACGAUCCAGUGCCGAGAGGAAGAAGACACCUGUUUGACACGAAUAACAUGGAGAGGUCCACCUUUUUGGACUCCAAGAAGUGAGAAGAUGCACCAUGUUGCUAAGAGUUGUGUAGGCAAUGAGUUUUGUUCGGGGCAGCAGAAGGUGUUAGGGUUGAGAAGUAUGAGAGAUUGGUAUAAAGACUGGGAGGCCGUGGAGUGUUGUCAAGGUGACCGAUGUAAUUACUAUGUUACGCUGGGAUCAUCCAAUAUGAAAUACAGUAUCACAGUUCUUGCCUUGUCUGUGAUGGUGACACUAUUUUUCCUGAGCAAAUUACAAAACCAAUAAAUUCAUUGUAACUAUAGCAACUGAAUUAAUACCUAACUAAAGUUAUCAUUUCAUUCUAAAAUUUCGUCUAUCACAAAAUAAGUGCAAAACUUUUUAGCUUUUUGGUGAUUUAUCCUGUAUUUUUUUGGCUCUACUGAUUGAAAUUGAGCAAACAAAUGCCUUUUGAACUUAUAAUCAUUCUUUGAACAUUUUCAAAUGAAAAUGAAAUUUCAAUAAUUUUGUAUCUAGGCUAACAAUGUAUUCAACUAAUGAAAUAUGAAAAAAAACAUUUUUGCUUGAUCCCCUUUUUAUAUGCUAUCCUUCAUAAACUGCAUCAACAUUGUAUAUAUUGUAAAAACAAUCAUUUUUAUAUCUUUACAUUUUUUAGAAUAUAGUUUAUUUUUUUUAAAUAAUUGUGCAUAAUUUUAAAAUCAUUGUAAAUGGUAUUCUCUAAUCUCUAAAUGACAUUUAGAAGUAGAUAGAACAUUAAAUAAAUAGGAACACUUUUAUGGAUAUACGUUGCAGAAAUUAAAGAAACGAGUAGUAUAUCCAUGAUAGUGUUCUUAUUUAUUUGAUGGUAUACUCUAGUUGUGCUCAAACAGAAACUGGUGUUUACUAUCGGUUAUUGUAGGCAAAUAUAAGAUUUGAACGACAUAUAGAAGCAAGGAGCACAUAUAACAAAACACAAGACAAUAUUAUUAAAGAUAUGUGUUAUAUUAUACAAUAUUGUCUUGUGUUUUGUUAUAUGUAGGCAAAUAUACAGAAAAACAUCAAAAGAAAGUAACAUGGACAGCUUUUUGUUGAUUUCUUGAAAUCAGUUCAAUAUUGAAGUGAAGUCAAUAAAAUAAAUAAAUAAAACAGUUGGUACCUUUUGAUUACAAAUUGUAAACAUGAAAUUACUUUUUUUGAAUUUUUUAUCAGGAAUGAAUCCAGUUACCGGUAAUAAUUUUAAUCUUGAAAUGGAUAUCGGUUACGUGUUUGAGCACGCUCCUCUUGUUGGCAGCUAUCUGCAUAUAUGAGAUAAUGCUAUGAAUAGUUAACAUUGUGUUUCUUUAGCGAUGGUUGUAUAUUAUCAAUAUCCAUGAUAAUAUUGUACCGUUGCUAAAGAAACAGGAGUUAACUUAAUCUCUACACUGAUGAGACAAUGCUAUGAAUAUUUCAGUUUAAAUAUGCUGUUUAUUGAAUCUUAUUAAAUCAAUAUGAGAAAUUCGUUAAUUUAAAGAAACUUGUAAUUUAUCAAAUGUUGGUGAUAUUGCAUAUUGAAUUUCAUUUUUAUCCAUCAUCUAAUGUUUGAGAAUCUUUUGGCUUCUUUUUCUUCAGAAUGCUUUUACAACACAUGCCUGAAAGAUUGCGUAGAAGUCUUUGAUGUGUAAUGAGUCUCUCGUGAUAACUUUCAGUAGGCAUAAGGAACAAUGAUAACUUUCACAUGGAUCCUAAAACUACCAACUGUUCCUUGGACUUGGGGCACACAAACGAUUUUUGUCGAAUUGAAUUUUGAAUAAAAUCUCCUGUGUGCCUGCUAUGUUGAUAAUCACGUGAUUGAAAUGAAAACAAAUUUGAUUGGAUAAUGAUACUCUUUGGAGUCUCGUUUUGGUGUGAGCGCAGGCACAAGAAAAAGUCAAUCUACGAAUAGGAUAGAAUAAAAUGGAUGACAAAUAUCUAACUGGUUUGAUUAUCUUUGAUGAUUGAAGGCCUGCUCUCACUGAGAAUCAUCAUCCAAUCAGAUUUAUUUCAUUUCAAUCACACGAAGCUAUAAUUGUCCAUGGUGCGUGUGAUUUUCCUUUAAAAAUGCUUGAUAUUGUACAAUGCCUUUAUUUUAUAUCAAAUACUAUGUCAUUCGAUUCUCUGUUUUUAUAUCAAAUAACAUUCCUAAUAUAUCUUUUAUAAAAAAA